AUGAGGAAACUAAAUAGAUGCAGGGAGUCUUUAAAGCUUUGGAGCUCGAGCCUUGGGAAAAAACAGAGGGACAUACAAGGACAACUAAAGCUACUUUUGAAGAUGCAAGACUCAAAUAAGGGCUCUAACUCAGCAGCCAUAAAGGUGCUACAGAAGGAAAUUGAUAAAUCUCUUGAGGAAGAGAACCUGAGGUGGCAACAGAGAGCAAAACAACUAUGGUUGAGAGAUGGUGACAGAAAUUCUAAAUUCUUCCAUAAAUGUGCCAAUCAGAGGAGGAAGAACAAUGGGAUUCAUAAGCUUAUGAGGACUGAUGAAAGCUUUACAAUAGACAUGAGAGAUUUCUGGGGAAUUGAGGCAUGUUUGAACCAGGUCCAUCCUCGAAUAGAUAGGGAGAUGAAUGCCAACCUAACCAAACAGUUUUCAGCUAAAGAGGUAAAGUUUGCUCUGUUCCAUAUGAAUCCCAUGGGGUCUUCAGGACCAGAUGGAUACCCUGCUUUGUUCUACCAAUCACACUGGGAUAUUGUAGGAGUUGACCUCACUGAUGCUGUCUUGGAAAUAUUAAAUGGGGAUGGUAAUAUUGCAGCUAUUAAUGAUACUUUCAUAGUUCUAAUCCCAAAAAUCAGAAAUCCCCAAACUGUUCUGGAUUUUAGGCCCAUCUCACUUUGCAAUGUCAUUUACAAGGUGGUGUCCAAAGUUCUCUCGAAUAGGCUUAAACUGAUUCUUCCUAAUAUUAUUGCACCUACCCAAAGUGCUUUUAUUCCUGGCAGGAUGAUCAUGGACAAUGUUAUAGUGGCUUUCAAAACUCUUCAUGCAAUGUCAACCAAAGGCAAAGGGAAGCAAGGAUAUAUGGCUAUAAAGCUUGACAUGAGCAAAGCCUAUGAUAGAGUGGAGUGGGCUUUCUUGAGAAGGGUCAUGGGUAAGAUGGGCUUCAGCAACAGAUGGAUUAACUUGGUCAUGCAGUGUGUAACUACGGUAUCCUAUUGUCUCCUUAUUAAUGGUAGUUCUCAUUGCAAGUUUAUUCCAACUAGAGGAAUCAGACAGGGAGAUCCCCUCUCCCCCUAUCUUUUUAUCCUGGUGGCUGAGGUGCUUAGUAGCUUAAUGAAUCAUGUUGAAAGUAUCAAGUUGAUUCAUGGAUUUCCUAUUUCCAGGGGGAAGCUUAGCAUUAAUCACCUAUUUUUUGCUGAUGAUAGCUUGAUUUUCUGUAGAGCCAAUGCAGGAGAGUGGUCAUCUAUCCAUGUUUUGCUGAACCUUUAUGAAGAAGCCUCGGGUCAGAAACUUAACAAGACCAAAACCUCUAUCUUCUUCAGUCCCAACACAAAGCCAGCUGCAAGAGAAUACAUUUUGAAUCUUGCUGGAACUAGGGCCUCCUCAAGCUAUGAUAAGUAUCUUGGAUUACCAGCUCUCAUUGGUAGAUCUAAGCAUGCUGCAUUUAAGGAUAUCAUUGAUAGGAUCAGAGGAAGAACCAGUAACUGGAAAAACAAGUUUCUCUCUCAGGCAGGGAAGGAAAUACUUCUUAAGGCUGUGAUUCAAGCCCUUCCCACUUAUUGCAUGGGAGUCUUCAAACUACCUAAAUCCAUUUUGAAUGAAAUAAACAAAGUUAUGCACCAUUACUGGUGGGGCCAUCUACAAAAUGAAAAAAGGGUGCACUGGGUAUCUUGGGGUCAGAUGGGAAGAUCGAAAUCUGCAGGUGGCUUGGGCUUUAGAGACCUUGAGAGUUUUAAUUUAGCUCUUUUGGCUAAGCAAGGGUGGAGAAUUAUCCAACAGCCCAAUUCCCUUGCUGUACAGGUCCUAAAAUUGAAAUAUUUCCCAAGUGUUGAUUUCAUUCAAGCCAAGGUGGGUCAUAGGCCUUCAUUUAUAUGGAGAAGUCUCUGUGCUGCUAAGGGACUGAUAGAAAAAGGCUCCAUAUGGCACAUUGGUGAUGGUCAAAACACCAAAAUAUGGAAAGAUAGGUGGCUGCCACAACCUACAAGCUAUAGAAUCCAAUCACCUGUACAUAUUCUACUGGAGGAUGAUAAAGUGGCUAGACUCAUAAACCAAGCAACUAGGCAGUGGGAUAGAGGCUUGAUAACAGAAGUUUUUGGCUCUGAGUUAGCAGCAGUGAUCCAGAGAAUUCCGUUAAGCUCAUCUGGUGCUAUGGAUAAACUAAUCUGGUUGGGAUCCAAAGAUGGCUCUUUCACUGUUAAGAGUGCCUAUCACCUUCAGAAGGAGCUUUUUGCACAGCUCAAGGGACAGUCUUCUAGAGGGUUGCUGAGGCAGAGAGACUGGAUUGGUUUGUGGUAUCUGCAGGUCCCUAAUGCUACCAAAUCUUUCUUGUGGCGUGCAUGCUUAGAAGCUCUCCCUACAAAACUCAACCUCUUCAGGAAAAAGAUUGUGGACUCCCCUAUAUGUCCUAUCUGUUGCUCGGAAGAGGAAACCACCACUCAUGCUCUCUGGAACUGCACCUCUGCCAUGGAUGUUUGGAGUCAAAGCCAUAUGUUUUUCCAAAAAAGCUCUUUAAGGGUAGACAGUUUUAAGGAACUGUUCGAGUGCCUCAGCAAGCAAGGUACACAACCUUUGAUGGAACUGUUUUCAGUCAUUACCAGGAACAUAUGGACUAGAAGAAAUAAACUGAUUUUUGAGGGUUCCUUCAUGCAUCCGAAUCUGGUGGUGAAUCAAGUAUCACUAUCUCUUGCAACUUAUAAGGAGGCCCAAGGAAGUAGGAAAAAUACACCUCAAGCGUCUAGUACUCAAACUGGGUGGUCUCCUCCUUCUUCAGGUUCAAUUAAAAUUAACUGGGAUGCUGCUGUGGAUGUGCCCCAAGCUAGAGUUGGCAUUGGUCUGGUGGCCCGAGACCAUGAAGGCAGGGUUUUAGUCACAAAGCAGCUUCUUGUCUCCUACAUUCCUGACCCUCUAUUGGUUGAAGCUUUAGGAGCUUUUCAGGCAGCUUCUCUGGCUAAGGACUUGGAGUUCAGCCCUGUCAUCUUGGAAGGGGACGCUUUGCAGAUAGUGAAUGGCAUUAAUCAACAGGUUGAGAGAUGGGAUAGGGUGGGAAUGGUCAUGUAUGACACUAGUUUGGUGCUAUCCAGUCUAUGCCAAUGGUCUAUGGCCUUUGUUAGGAGGUGUGGCAAUCAAAUGGCUCACAAUCUAGCCAAGGAUUCCCUUAAGCUAGGAGAGAGUUCGGUUGUUGUGGUCUUUGGACCUCCCUGUAAUCGUCUUGGUUUCUUCUCAAGCUCAGCAGACCCAAGUCUUUUUAUUUGUCACUCAAACCAUGGAGUUCUUAUCCUUCUCCUCUAUGUGGAUGACAUGGUGGUCACAGGAGAUAAUCCACAAAGAAUUCAGUGGCUAAUAUCUCAACUGAGCACUCAAUUCUCUAUCAAAGAUCUCAGUUUUCUACAUCAUUUCUUGGCGAUCGAAAUUCACAAGAUUGGUAUUGAUCUCUUCCUAAAUCAGCAUAGGUACAUCAUGGACUUGCUCACUCGAGCCAACAUGCAUGAAUGUAAGCCUUUAGCAACACCUAUGCCAACAACAGGCCAACAUAUUUUAGCUUCAGACCAAUUAUUUCCUAAUCUCACAUUCUAUAGAAGUCUUGUUGGUGGACUGCAAUACUUUAGUGUGAACUAUGUCUGUCAGUUCCUACAAGCUCCUACUGUGGCUAAUUUCCAGCUUGUCAAAAGAAUCCUUAGGUACUUGCAAGGCACAGUUGAACUUGGCCUACGCAUCACCUUAGACAGCAGCCUUGAUCUAUAUGGUUUCUCAAAUGUUGAUUGGGCUGGUUGCCCCACCACAAGGAGAUCCACCUCAGGCUAUUGCACUUUUCUUGGUAGCAAUUGCAUCUCUUGGAGUGCUAAAAAGCAACCAACAGUUGCAAGGUCUAGUGCAGAGGCUGAAUAUAGGGCCAUGGCUUCCACGACAGCAGAAUUAACUUGGAUUUCAACACUACUUCGAGACCUUGGGGUGCCUCUCUUCAAAACACCUAUUCUCCAUUGUGACAACAUGAGUGCCUUAUUUAUGAUUGUCGGUCUAGUUCUACAUGCUUGA